CCGAAAAGAGCAGAAUAUAUGAAGAAGGAUCUCAAGAGGAUGGGAAAGUUCUACCAAGUACCAGUACAACAACCAGCAGAUUUUAUGGGGACUGUUAUUAAGAAAGGUUCUCUAGCUGCAAUGCGGUUUGUCACAGCUGUGGAUUUAACAGAGCCUCGGUUUGUGGAGUCUGUCUCUAGAGAACUGUGGUUGCGCAUUUGGUCUCGGGAUGAAGACAUCACCCAGCCAGAGAGCAUUUUGGCAGCUGCAGUGGAAGCGGGCUUACCUGAAGGCCAAGCCCAAAAGCUUCUGGAAAUGAGUACUUCACCUGAUGUGAAGGAUCGCUUGAAAGCAGCAACAGAAGAAGUAUUAAAAUAUGGGGCAUUUGGGUUGCCAUGUUCGGUGAUCUAUGUUGACGACAAGCCCCAGCUUCUCUUUGGUUCCGAUCGCUUAGAACUGCUGGCACACCUCUUGGGGGAGAAGUGGCAGGGACCCGUCCCUGCGUCCCCUAAGUUCUAAGCUUUACGAGCAGUGGGACAUAAAAGCAUCAACAGGAGACUUAGGGAGUGUCUGCCUUGUCAGCUUCCACAUGGUCAAUACAGGAGCCAUAAUGAGCAAAUUGCAUUUCUUCACUCUGGAACAGG